UUAUGUCGUGCAAACAAGCAGGUCUUAAGUCACCCAGAGACGGAAACGGGCUUUUGCUAGCAGAUGGCGCAUUGAAUAAACCAUUAGUGUAACCCAAACCGUGGAAGCUAGCAAGUCUAAAUCCCUACCGGACACGACUGAGAAUUGAGUGUGUGUGUGUGUGUGUGUGUCGGGGCUCUGCAACAACAGCGACAGCAGGAGGAAACAGCACAUUAUACAACAAACCCACCGUACCAUGCUUCCCAUCUCAGCGGCUUUCAGAAGCAACCGGCUCAUUCAGGGAGCAACGCUAAGGCUGCUACACACCGCUCCUGUCGCGAAAAUGCCCAUUAAGGUUGGUGAGAGUCUGCCGGCGGUGGAGGUCCAGGAGGGCGAGCCAGGAAACAAAGUGGCCAUGGAUCAGCUCUUCAAGGGGAAAAAAGGAGUCCUCUUUGCUGUGCCAGGCGCUUUCACCCCUGGUUGCUCCAAGACUCAUCUCCCAGGUUUUGUGCAGCAGGCUGGGGACUUGCGGGGUAAAGGCAUCCAGGAGGUCGCCUGCAUUGCUGUCAAUGAUGCGUUUGUGAUGGCUGCCUGGGGGAAGGAGCAUGGAGCAGAGGGCAAGAUUCGAAUGCUGGCUGAUCCUACUGGAGCAUUUACACAGGCGGUUGACCUGCUACUCGACAGCGAUCAGAUUGUGCAGGUACUUGGGAACAAGCGAUCCAAGAGAUACGCAAUGCUGGUGGAGGACGGCGUUGUGAAGAAGCUCAACGUGGAGCCUGACGGAACCGGCCUGACUUGUAGCCUGGCCUCCAACAUCCUGUCUGAGCUGUAGGCUGAUCCAGAGCUUAGCAACACCCUAGUUACACACCCUGAAUGCUGUUACUCUUGCACUAACAAACCCCAACACGCCCUUUAAAAGCUUCCUUGUCAUCCCAAAGAUGGGUGCAAAUAUCAGAUGGAUGCUGAUGUCCGCAAACACAAAGAACUUAUUAAUGCGCACAAUUGUGACAUGAACGGCACUCCAAAUGACUGUACACCCUCUUCUCUAUACUGUCAGGCUUAAGUAAAUAAAACUCACCCUGUAAGCAAUAAUCACCUACUUGUCCUAUAUUUCAUAGACAUGCUUUUGCUUAGUGACCCAUAUACUGAGUUACGCUUGGAGACAGUGUGUUGUGAUGUUUACCAUGUUAGGCUACAUACAUUUAUGUCAACAUUUUUUUUUUUGAUCUCAGACUAAUGUAAGCAGGUGAAGACCAUAAUAAAAUUCAAAUCAGAAAGACUAAACUGUUACUGAACAUGUUCGAACAUGCUGGACUGUAGCAUGUUAGAACAGGACUGAAGUAUUUGCAUCAACAAUUAGGAGUCAACAGUUUUAAGCCAUCACACAAUAACAUGCAGCAAUGAAAACAAAUUCCUGUGGCACAGAAGCAUUCAUAAUAAUCAAACUGAUCCAACCUGAUCGGACGAUCAGGUUGGAUCAGGUCUCAUCAGAGGAAUAGGACAACAUUUGAGUCUUGUGUAUUACAGAAGUGCACAGCUGUACAUGUCUAAGACCAUUUUAUUGUCAAUAAAUAUGAUCCCCCUGUUCUGUUA